AUGACGGACUACGAAUCACUACAUAACCCGGGUACACCACGUUAUGCUCUACUGUCAGAUCGAGUAGCGUCGUUUGAAAAUGCUCCCGAACACUUGCAGAAGCUAUUACCUACCAUUGCAGAAGCGGGAUACUUUUACAAAGGGUACGGGGAUAACACGUGCUGUUUUUAUUGCAACUUUGGACUUCACCAUUGGGGAGCUGUCGACAAUCCUUGGAUACAACAUGCUUAUUGGUAUCCUCACUGUCCUUACCUGAAGUGUAAUAAGGGUAAACAAUGGGUACGUCAAAUGUUCGACGCCGUUAGCCGAAUGCGAGACACGGGGAAGAAUUGGGGAGACUUGUCUGUAGACAGUGUGGAGAAUCCGGCUACGACGACGGAGAAAUGUCAUCUGUGUUUAGAACGAGACUUGAGAAUAGCUUUUUUACCUUGUGGUCAUUUAUGUACUUGUGCUAUAUGUGCUACGGGACUGAAAUAA